AUGGCAUCUUCUUCGUCACUCACCGUCGCCUUCUCUCUCCUUCGAUCAACCAUUCAUAGAGUCCCACUUUCAUCUUCAUUCCCCACACUUCUUACCGUCAAACCUAAGGUGUUGAAUCAAUGUAGAAGAUUUAUAUCAACAGUAAUGGCAUCCAAAGAGUCAGCCUCCAACAACCCAGGCCUUCAGACUACUACUGAUGAGGCCACAAAAAGUUAUUUCUUGCAACAAGCCAUGAUUCGAGUAAAGGACCCCAAAGUCAGCCUUGAUUUCUACUCUCGCAUAAUGGGCAUGUCAUUGCUCAAGAGGUUGGACUUUCCAGAAUUGAAGUUUACCUUGUACUUUUUGGGAUAUGAGGACACUGCAUCUGCUCCUGAAGAUCCAGUUGAGCGUACUGCUUGGACUUUUGGUCAGAAAGCUGCACUUGAACUUAGACAGGUUAUCACAAUGGGAACUCAGAACCUCAUGGCUUUGGAUAUACUUGAUGAUAAGACUAAAGAACCUGAGAUACUGGAGCUUGAGGAAUUCUCUAGUAGAGGUGUUAAAACCCCAAGAUACGAAUGUUUAGUUGACACCACCUACAGAGAUGCCAACCCCAGUUCCUGGAAAAUUAAGGAUAUAGCGUUUGUUAAGGAUCCUGAUGGUUACUGGAUUGAAAUCUUUGACACUGCAUUGAUUGCAAAAUCAACUGCUCAUGCUGCUUGA